AUGGUAGACAACAGGCUCAGAGAGAAGGCAGCCAGCAGAUACCUGAGCAGGCUCUUCAGGCAGGAGCAAAAGGAGAAGGAGGAGGAAGAAGAAGCCUGUAUCCUGCAGCACCCACAAUUAGAAGAAGAGGAUGAGGUGGAGGAGGGUGGGGAGACAAAUGAGGAAGAAGAGCAGCUGCAGUGCCCAGGUCACCAGUGUAAGGUGAGGCGGAAUAAGGAACCCCACUCCAAGAAAGUUCAUGUUGCCUUUUCCGGGAAGAGAUCCCAGUCCCUGGAGGAGCAGACAGAUGGAGAGAAACCCAAAAAUGACUUUUGGAAGGCACUCAAGAAGUUUGGUGAGAAUUGUAUGAAAGCACUUGGUGAAGCAUGCAACUGGGACUUUGACACUAAUUUGCAUGAACUUACUGCUCCUUAUCACCUCCUGAAUAAUCAGCCACCUUCCUAA